AUGUCGGGGAAACUCGCUGUUCUCUUCGCGGCAACGGGCGGCGCCCACGCCCUUGCUGCUCGGCAGGCCGGCUGCUCAUUCACGGCCCAUACCGAGGGCAAUGUCACCUAUCCUCUGAGCCAACACGCCAGUGGCCAGAGCCGCGCCGGAAGCACCAUGACCCCGAGUGUCUUCACCCUCAACGCCACCGGUCUCACCGACGCCCAGGGCCGUGGCUGCUGGUGGACUCCUCCCACUACCGUUCUGCAGUGCGAUGUUGGCCAGGUCCCCGAGACUGGCUUCGAGAUUGGCUGCGAUGGACUCAUUUCUUUCAACGGACAGACUACCUUUUACGAGUGUGACACUGCCGAUGGAGACCAGGUCAACAUUUACAAGCUGCCUGGCCAGGCUGCCGCAAACUGUGGCGAGAUCACCUUGGUUGCCGAGGCCUGCCAGGAUUGCUCUGGCGACAGCAGCUCCGCUAGCCAGUCGUAUACUGCUUCUGGCACUUCUGGCAAGACUUCCGUGGUCAACUCGGCCACUGGUUACUCUACCGCUUCUCAGCCCCCUGCUGGCUCUUCGGUCAAGACCUCUGCUGUCGGAUCGUCGACUCCCGUUACCAGCUAUCCUGCUGGUACCGAGUCGGGAUCAUCUCCCACUGGUUCAGCCGAGACCCCUGGUACACAAAUCACGUCGACCAUCACCUCAACUUCAAUGAUCACCAUCACCAGCUGCGGACCCGAGGUGACCGACUGCCCGGAUGUUACUGUGACUGAGUACGCAGCCACCGAGACUCAGUACGACUGCGGUGAUAUGGAUUGUUCCCUCGUGAGCACACCAACCAUCCAGACUACUCCUGUUCAGUCCACCCCAGUUGUCGAGACCACUCCUGCUGUUGAGACUACUCCUGUAAGCUCCAAGUACUCUGCCAGCUCUGAGCAGUCUGUUCCGGGCUACAGUGCAAGCGGUUCCAGCGCCAAGACUCCUUCGACAACCCCCGUUGCUGAGACUCAGAGUGUUCCCCAGUACCCUACCAGCAGCUCCGAGUCGAGCGAAAUUGCUUCCACUCCCGUUGUUCCUGUCGGAUCUAGCCAGUCAACCGUCUCGGUCCCUGUCUACUCGACGGGCAAGGCCAGCAGCUCUGUUCAGUCCAGCCACGUUACUGUUCCCAGCCAGAGCACUGUUCCUGUUGCCGAGUCGUCCUCGACCAGCCAGCACGGAACCACCACUAGCCCCUCGACUGUUCCGGUUGCCGAGUCUUCGACUCCCCAGCAGGGAACAACCAUUGAUGUCGAUGUGACCACCACUGUGCCUUGCACAACCUCUAGCGGAGCUAUCUCUACCCCCGAGACCUCUGCCGUCUACUCGACCACUCCCGUUGUCCCUGUCGAGUCGAGCCAGUCCAUUGGAAGCACCACUUACCUCCAGUCUACUCUGUCCAAGACCUCGACUGUCACUGUGCCCAAGUACACGACUGGUGUCUCGUCCAUCGAGUCUAGCGAGACUGUUCCUGUCUACUCGACCAGUGAAGUCUCGUCGGUCAAGUCAAGCCAGACCACUGUCCCCGUUGCCGAGUCCUCGACUUCUCAGCAGGGAACCACAAUCGACGUGGACCAGACCACCACCGUCCCCUGCACAACCACAAGCGGAGCCGUCACUACUCCCCAGACUUCUGCCGUCUACUCGACCACGCCCACCGAGGGUAGCGGAUCUACCAGCACCAUCCAGAGCGUCUACGUCCCCUCGCCCAGCACCGUCAACAUCCCCGAGUCCUGCCCCGGCACCGUGACCAACGCCGGCGAGUUCAACCUGCCCCACCUCAUCAUUGUCACCGACAGCUCGAGCCCCGACACGGCCAACGGCACGGGCUACUUUGGCGACAUCACCCCCACUCGUUCCACCAUUUUCAACUUUGACAUUGAGACCAAGGACGCCGGCAAGACGUGCAACCUCGUCUUCCUGUUCCCCACGAGGGACACGCUCGAGACGUCCGACUUUACCUUUUCCGGCUCGGGCGCCCUCGACUUCUCCAAGCUGACCACGUACGCCACCCAGGAGACGUCGUACAACAAUGCGCCCUCGGUCGAGUCGGACCUGGGCCAGUUCACCGUCUCGCCCGGCAACGCCUACAACAUCUCGUCGUUCGAGUGCCCGUCUGGUUCCACCAUUGCCUUUGAGAUGGCCGACGUCAGCGGCGGCGACACCGAGCUCUGGUUCUUCCAGGACUACAACCCUUGCCCUCUUGGUCUGUUCAUCACCACUUCUUAA